CCCCAUCGUCUUCAGGGACGGCGUCGCCUGCACGGUCAUCUGGGUCACUUACCGCACCGGCGGCGGCGGCGGCGACGGCGGUGGGCGCGGUGUCGCCUGCCGCGAGUGGCGCUGCUGCUGCUGCUGCCCCUCCUUCUCCUCGGGGGCCUACGCUGGUAGCCAGGCUGGUGUCCCACCCCGACUCCUCCGGCCUCACUCCGCUGCACUUCGCAGUGGCUGCCAACUGCCUGCCCGCCGUACGACUGCUGCUGGCGGCGGGGGCGCCGUACACCGCACAGGCCAGCUCCGACAACCUGGAGGCCUUCAUGCCCUGCAACGCGGGGUGGACCUGUCUGCACGUGGCGGCGCUGCGGGGGCACUUUGAUGCGGCGCUGCUGGUGCUGAGCCACCAUGCCUCCCUCUCCUCCGAGCAGCAGGCGGCCGAGUGGCGCCCCGCUCGCACCUGCCGCUCCAGCGACCCACGGGCCAUCCCCGACCGCCGCGGGUCGCUCGCCGCCGCACUGGCCGCCGCGCGCCGCCACACUGACCUGGCGGCGCUGCUGGCGACCGAGCGACCGCUGAGCGCCUGUCUGGCGGCGGCGGCGGCGGGGGGAGGCGGGGUGGUGGUGGGGCCGGACGGGCGGGAGGUGCGACCACCCGCCAUGUUUGUGUGCCCGAUCACGCAGGAUGUGAUGCGGGAGCCGGUGGUGGCGUCCGACGGCUUCUCCUACGAGCGCGCCGCCAUCGCCCGCUGGAUGGACGCCGGCCGCCUGGCCUCGCCCAUGACCAACCUGCCCUUCACCUCGCGACUGCUCUUCCCAAACAAUGUGAUCAUGUCGGCAAUCAAGGAGUGGCGGCAGCAGCACCAACAACCGGACCCAACCGCAGUAGCCGCACAAGCAGCUGAAGCUGUAGCUGCAGGUGCAGGAGCAGCAGGGGAGGCGGCAGGAAC